GAAAAUAUGUACACGUCUUCUUAGUAUAAAUUGAGCAUGCAAACAUUUCCAUAAACCCUCUUCAAAACACAAGAGCAUGACCUUCCUUCACUUAAACAUACACACAAACACAUGGCGGAUUCAAUCACGCGCAAGAAGAGCAAGAGCAGCAACGACAAGCGCCGUUUCAGCGACGAGCAAAUCCGGCGCCUCGAGGCCACGUUCUCCUCCGAGAGCAAGCUCGAGCCUCGGAGGAAGGCGGAGGUGGCGCGAGAGCUUGGCCUGCAGCCGCGCCAGGUGGCGAUCUGGUUCCAGAACAAGCGGGCGCGGUGGAAGUCGAAGCACGUCGAGAAGGAGUACGCCGCGCUCGCAGCGAGCUACGACGCCCUCUCCGACCGCUUCGAGUCGUUGAAGAGAGAGAAGCAGUCGUUGGUCGAUCAGUUGCGGAAGUUGAAGGGGGAGGGAGGGAGCGAUGGGGAAUCGGAGAGUGUGAAGAAUGAGUUUGAAGUGAAGAAUGAGGGAGUUGGGACGGUCGAGGAGGAAGAGAUGGCGAUGAGGAUGAUGGAUACGACGUCGGAUUGGGGAGUUCUUGAUUUUGAUGAUGUUGUUAAUGAUCAAAGUAGCUGCCAAUGGUGGGGUUUUUGGUCUUGAUUUCGAUUCAUUACACGUGCAGGUUGUCGGAAAACUCAUGAAAUUUUGUCAAAUUGUGGUCUGUUUCGUAACUUCAUGAAUUAAACAAAAAAACAGGAAGUUUUGAUUUGUUUGCAAAGUAUCGCAAGACGAAAAAGAUCCAACUGCGUACGUGUAAUAUAUUGAUUGUGUUUAUCAACCCAACACCGAUGUUUUCUUCAUGAAUAUAUGACAUCGUUUAGCGAUGACAUCUACGUAUGACUUUUAUAUAAGAUGAAAUAUCAUCAAAACAUUUCGCGGAGGGAUGAUUGCGAACAUGUUGAUUUUUAAAGUUGUGGGACAUAUCAGAAUUGGACCGAGCUUCUUAGUGUUCUUGCAAUUAAUGAUGCUCUGCAAUUUGAUUUCUUAUCCUACUUAUGGCUGAGGUAUAGGUAGGGCUUUGGUUUGUAUAGAGGGAAUGAAAUAAGAUUUUAAGGUAUAGUAGGAAUAUGAAUCUCCCACUUUGAUUUUAAUGUUGUUCCGCAUGUAAUACGAAAUUCACAAAUAUAUGGAAUAUAGUUAGAGUUCUUAA